AUGUUCUUUACCCGCGCUUCACAAUCGACGCCAUCCAAGCGUUAUUCACCCGGGAAACUAGCGAUGCCGUCACCUGUCUAUGUCGAGGUUAUCCUCUACGUGCCACCACUCGCUUUGAUUGAGAGCCCACCGCGCGCCGCCAUCGCACUCCAUAAGCUCUCACACUAUCGCGGCGAGGGCGACACCACCCUCUUCGACGAUCCCGGAGCAGGCGUCCAAAGCCUGUGCAGUGGCAACAUCAUUCUGCCCCGAUCCCUCGUCAACAUCGACGGGCGAUGGCGCCUACACAUUCCGACACUCGGACACACGUCCUUUGAAGGUGUCUACGCGCUUUUGACGAACCUCCCAAAAGUCGACGAGAACAUCAACCCCGGCGGGAUGUUCCCGUGGACUUUUGGGAACUACGUCCGGCGCUUUUUGCGCGAAUUGGACGAUAGUGGCGUCCUUGCCACUCCAGGGCUACUGACAGCCGACCAAUUUUACGAGCAGUUUCUGGCCCAGAAAUUGGGAAGUGGACGCACGUAG